UACGAAAGCAAAUAUAAAAUAUUGUUAUCCCUAAUUGAGUGAGGUCGGUGCUGUAAGCGCAGUCUACUUGCCCUGGGAGUGGCCAGUGGUUUGCAAUUCCUCAGAUGCGGUGAAGGAAGGGGUUCAUAGUGACCACCUCAGACGAAACGCCCUAAAUCUCAGGCUGGUCAGGGGUAGCCGGCAGAGGCCGAGGAGAGGCUUGUUGGCGAGAGAUCCCAAUAAACACUUUGUAACCCUCUUUUUCUUCUCGUUUUAGUUUUAAUGGAUAUGUCCCAGAAGGAUCCCUGCCAGAAACAAGCCUGUGACAUUCAGAAAUGCUUGCAAGCCAACAACUACAUGGAGUCUAAGUGUGAGGCUGUCAUCCAAGAGUUGCGUAGGUGCUGUGCUCAGUACCCCAAAGGGAGAUCUGUUGUCUGUUCAGGAUUUGAAAAGGAAGAUGAAGAAAGGCAGAAGCAUAAGGCUGCAUCCAAAUGAAUUUCUGCUCCAUGUUUUCCAUCCAGGAGAUCGUACUUGGUCUCCUGAACAGGUUUUCUCAGGUAGUCAACAAAAGCCAAAUGGAAAUACACUUAGCGAUUAGAUAUGCCACUUAGGCAAAAGAAUAGAUAGACACAAAAUCUUAGUUUGAAACAAGUUAUUAAAGACAAAAUGUUUUUGCUUCGAUGUGAACUUUAACAAAAACGACCUGUUGAAAAUAAACAUGUUUUAAAAAUGCA